AUAUACUUUUGAAAACCUAUAAAAACGUCAUUUUUCCCUCAAAAAAAAUUUGUACAGAUGCUUAUUGUAGAACCAGGAAGUGAGGAUCGUAGAUGAGUACAUAACGCUUGUUGUGGCAUUGUCAGAGAUAGACAAGAGCCCUGAGACUUAAAGGCACAUGGCUUCUGAGGAGCCUCUCUCUGACAAUCAUGAGUCCAAAGAACCAGUGGAAGAUACCGAACCCAGCACUUUACCAUAUGAAACUACAGAAAAGUAUCCCCUACAAGACACAGGACUUCCUAAAGAUGAAUGCCUUAUUCCAAUGGAAAAUGUAGACGAUUUUCAUGAAACCCCCACGUCAGACUCAGAAAGAAUUAAGCAGCCAGAAGAAAAUGACUGUCCCUUACUGACUAUAAAUGUGCUAAAAGUUUUACUUAAAGGUUUAUCCAGAAUCAACGUGUGCCAAGAAAGCAGUGAGAGUUGCAACUUAGCACCAACUAUUAGCGAUAUCCUGAAUGAUGAGGAUCUGCUGUACAUUCUGAAGCUUAAGCUCGAUCCUUGCCACCCAACUGUAAAGAACUGGAGAAACUUUGCCAGCAAGUGGGGAAUGAGUUACGAUGAAUUGUGCUUCCUGGAGCAGAAGCAUCAAAGUCCCACGAUUGGAUUUUUAUUACGUAACAGUGAAAGGACAGUGGAACAGCUCAUUGACCUGUGCAAGCUUUAUCAAAGGGUUGAUGUCCAAAAGGUAUUAUCAAAAUGGGUAAAUGUGGAGUGGCCAAUGAGAGUAUAUAAAAACCCACAAGAGCAUUGUCUAACAUGAAAUCCUUAUGGACUAUGGACACAUUUAAUAGCAGUGUAAAUGAGAGGAGUGCUACUUUCCACUGACUCAGUGUUGGGCUACUCUUACCUUCUUGUGCCAUCCCUGUGCCUGGAUUUUACUCACUAGCAGCAAACUGUAAUUUUCAGCAUUUCAUAAAGCAUUAAACCCAUUGUAUUUUUAGUAA